GGUGGGCGGGGCAGGUGGUGGGCAGCCCCCCGCCACGCUGCAGUUGCUGGGACAUUCCUGGCUCUUCGGCCGGGCGCCGAGGAGCUCCCGGCGGCAGAGUGUGCCAGCCCCGCCGGGAUCCUGACCCGCCGGCGCGGGAACGGGGCAGCUGAGGAGGAGCCAGGAAGCAGGCAGUGGGAAGUCUGGCCUGGGCCCUGAGAACAGCUGGAAGGAAAUGUGGCUGCUGUUGGCCUUACUGGGCAUCCUUCUGGGGACACCGGCCUUGUCCCUUGAGGCCCCUGAGGAAAUGGAGCCCUGUCUAGCCCCCACCCCAGAGCAGCAAGACCAGGUGUUGACUGUAGCCCUGGGGCAGCCGGUGCGGCUGUGCUGUGGACUUACGGAGCGUGGUGGUCACUGGUACAAGAAGGGCAGACGUCUAGCGUCUGCUGGACGAGUACGGGGCUGGAGGGGCCGCCUGGAGAUCGCGAGCUUCCUUCCUGAGGAUGCUGGCCGAUACCUCUGCCUGGCACGUGGCUCCAUGGCUGUCUUACAUAACCUUACCCUGACUGUGGAUGACUCUUUAACCUCCAUCAAUAAUGAUGAGGACCCCAAGACCCUCAGUGGAUCCUCGAGUGGGCACAUUUACCCCCAGCAAGCACCCUACUGGACACACCCCCAACGCAUGGAGAAGAAGCUGCAUGCAGUGCCUGCCGGGAAUACUGUUAAGUUUCGCUGUCCGGCUGCAGGCAACCCGAUGCCCACUAUCCGUUGGCUGAAGGAUGGACAGGCCUUCCACGGGGAGAACCGCAUUGGAGGCAUUCGGCUGCGCCACCAGCACUGGAGCCUGGUGAUGGAAAGCGUGGUGCCCUCAGACCGUGGCACAUACACGUGUCUUGUGGAGAACCUUCUGGGUAGCAUUCGCUACAACUAUCUGUUGGAUGUGCUGGAGCGGUCCCCGCACCGGCCCAUCCUGCAGGCGGGGCUCCCAGCCAACACCACAGCUGUGGUUGGCAGCAAUGUGGAGCUGUUGUGCAAGGUGUACAGUGACGCCCAGCCCCAUAUCCAGUGGCUGAAGCACAUCGUUAUCAACGGCAGCAGUUUCGGCGCUGACGGCUUCCCCUACGUACAAGUCCUAAAGACAACAGACAUCAACAGCUCAGAGGUAGAGGUCUUAUACCUGCGUAAUGUGUCAGCUGAGGACGCGGGAGAGUACACCUGCCUGGCGGGCAACUCCAUCGGCCUCUCCUACCAGUCAGCGUGGCUCACUGUGCUAUCAGAGGAAGAUCUUGCAUGGAGAACAGCAACAUCUGAGGCCAGAUACACAGACAUCAUCCUCUAUGUAUCUGGCUCGCUGGCUUUGGCGGUGCUCCUGCUACUGGCCGGAGUGUAUCACCGACAAGCAAUCCACAGCCACCACUCUCGCCAGCCUGUUACUGUACAAAAGCUGUCUCGUUUCCCUUUGGCCCGACAGUUCUCCUUGGAGUCCGGAUCCUCUGGCAAAUCAAGUGUGUCUCUGGUGCGAGGUGUCCGGCUGUCGUCCAGUGGCCCACCCUUGCUCUCAGGCCUUGUGAGCCUAGACCUGCCUCUCGACCCACUUUGGGAGUUCCCCCGGGACAGGCUGGUGCUCGGAAAGGCUCUAGGUGAGGGCUGCUUUGGGCAGGUGGUUCGUGCAGAAGCGUUUGGCAUGGACCCCUCCCGGCCUGACCAAGCCAACACCGUAGCUGUGAAGAUGCUGAAAGACAACGCCUCUGACAAGGAUUUGGCAGACCUGGUCUCUGAGAUGGAGGUCAUGAAGCUAAUCGGACGACACAAGAACAUCAUCAACCUGCUGGGCGUCUGCACUCAGGAAGGGCCCCUGUUUGUGAUUGUGGAAUGUGCUGCCAAGGGAAACCUUCGAGAAUUCCUCCGUGCCCGGCGCCCACCAGGCCCUGAUCUCAGCCCUGAUGGGCCUCGGAGCAGUGAUGGGCCACUGUCCUUCCCGGCCCUGGUCUCCUGUGCCUAUCAGGUGGCCCGAGGCAUGCAGUAUCUGGAGUCUCGGAAGUGCAUCCACCGGGACCUGGCUGCCCGAAAUGUGCUGGUGACUGAGGACAAUGUGAUGAAGAUUGCUGACUUCGGGCUGGCCCGUGGUGUCCACCACAUUGACUACUAUAAGAAAACCAGCAACGGCCGCCUGCCAGUCAAAUGGAUGGCUCCUGAGGCCUUGUUUGAUCGGGUAUACACACACCAGAGUGACGUAUGGUCCUUUGGGAUCCUGCUGUGGGAAAUCUUCACCCUCGGGGGCUCCCCAUACCCUGGCAUCCCUGUGGAGGAACUGUUCUCACUCCUGCGAGAGGGGCACAGGAUGGACCGGCCCCCGAACUGCCCCCAAGAGCUGUAUGGCCUAAUGAGGGAGUGUUGGCAUGCUGCGCCCUCUCAAAGGCCCACUUUUAAGCAGCUGGUGGAAGCACUGGACAAGGUCCUGCUGGCUGUCUCUGAAGAGUACCUUGACCUCCGCCUGACCUUUGGACCCUACUCUCCCUCCAAUGGGGAUGCCAGCAGCACCUGCUCCUCCAAUGACUCUGUUUUCAGCCCCUACCCCUUGCCACUGGCGCCGAGCCCCUUCCCUGUCCCCGGCGUGCAGACGACAUGAGCCAGCAAACAAUGUUGUAUGGGCUGGUAGGCCAGUGGUCUAGCUCAGCUGUAACCUGAUGCUGCAUUUGACGUUGGCAGUGCCAGGCCUCUGACUCAAGCCUACUGCUAUCCCAGAUCCUCUGGCUCUGCUUUGAAGAGGCCCAUUCUUGGUCCCAAGGUUCAUAGUUCAGCCCUUUGGCGCUAGCCUCAUGCUCCGAGCCUAGAAUUCAGCUCUAGUCUCGGGGUCCUCACCUUCCCCUCGGAGUCAUCUUCAGACAAGCUAAGCAUUAGGGUUCCACGUCUGCUUCCAUCUCAGG